AUGGCAAACGCUGGACUUGGAGUACCUGUCAAACUACUUCACGAAUCAUUGGGACAUGUUAUCACAGUCGAACUCAAAACAGGGCAACUGUAUCGAGGAAAACUGGCGGAAGCUGAAGACAACUUGAACAUAUCACUAAAAGAGAUUACCGUUACUGCAAGAGAUGGAAGGGUAUCUCAACUAGAUCAGGUCUACAUACGGGGAAGUAUGAUUCGGUUCUUCAUCGUCCCUGAUAUGUUACAGAACGCACCGAUGUUCAAACGUGUUGGGCCAAACGCAAUGAGAGGAAGGGGUAUUGGUACGGCUCGUGGGCGAGCAACAAUUAUGCGGGCGAAUGCUCGACGAGGUCGCGGUGUUGCGCCCACAGCGGGCCGUGGAAUUCGACGAUGA